ACUCGGCGGCGGUUCGGGCUGCGCCGGGGGCCGCUGGUAGCCGCCAGACUUCCUGAGCGGUGAGAGAGUGUGCGCGAGGUGGCCGCUGUGCGAAUCGCUGCUCGGAAGUGCACGGCGCUCAGCAGUUUUCAAUGACUGGCCUGGUUACUAAAAUCAGUGGCAUUUCCGGUUGCUCAUUUAUGGAGUUUCUGAAGGGCAGCAGGGACUAUUGCCAGGCACAGCACGGCCGCCUCGCGGACAAGUGAACUCCAGGUCUCUCCCAUUUCAUCUGCUCCACGAGGAAAUCAUCUUAAAUGUAAAAGUGCCAACAGCAAACUGGGAUUCAUCUGGAUACUGGAUUUAAAAAUUGGAUAGUUUGAGAAGUAGAGGACGUUUGUUCUUUCAAUGACCUAGCCUGGAUGGGGUAAAUCUGCCUGUGUUUUGUGCAAUUGGAUGCUGUAAGAAGCACCAUUGCUCAGAGACACCAACCAAAACGUGCCAGUCUGAAUUGGAUUUCACAUCAACUGUGUUGAGUCCAGUUGUGUGAGUGGAAAUUUUAAAAGCACAAGUACGAACAGCGAAAAGGAUCACAAAGUGCUGCUUCAGAAUCUCCCUUUUUUUUUAAUACACUUUUUUUUUGACGUUGCAACCACAAUGAACCGCCCGGCCCCCGUAGAAAUCAUCUUCAACAGUAUGAGGUUUCUCAUCACACACAACCCAACCAAUGCUACCCUCAACAAGUUCACAGAGGAACUCAAAAAGUUUGGUGUUACCACACUGGUUCGAGUUUGUGAAGCCACCUAUGACAAGGCUCCUGUUGAAAAAGAAGGCAUUCAGGUUUUGGACUGGCCAUUUGAUGAUGGAGCCCCACCUCCUACUCAAAUUGUGGAUGACUGGUUGAACCUGUUGAGAGAGAGAUUCCAUGACGAACCUGGAUGUUGUAUUGCUGUUCACUGUGUGGCAGGAUUGGGGCGAGCUCCAGUGCUUGUUGCAUUAGCAUUGAUUGAAUCUGGAAUGAAGUAUGAAGAUGCUGUUCAGUUUAUAAGGCAGAAAAGACGUGGAGCUUUUAACUCAAAGCAACUACUUUACCUCGAGAAAUAUCGGCCAAAAUGGCGUUUGCGCUUCAAAGCUGCAAAUAGCACAAGCUGCUGCAUCCAGUAACAAUCUGUCUCUGGACUGUAGAUAUCUUGAUGACGCAAACACAGAAAAUUGAAUAUAUUCACAUUCGGUGAAGACAGGACCUUCAAUCUUGAAGUGAAUUUUUAAAAAAAGAAAUCUGUCUUUGUGGUGAAGGAAUUGUGUAUUUUUCAUAUGAUUGAUCUUAUCAGGGAAGUGUUGCAUCUUAAAAUGGUCUGUAUAGAAAGAAUUCACUACCUCUGUAAAAGGAGGUUAAGAUUAUGUCUGUGCAAAGUCCCACUGUCACCUCACUUUGUAGACCUCACUUGCAAUGCACAAAGACUUCUUAAGGUUAUGGUUCGAUGCAAUAGUUUAUCCCUUUGAUUGCAGCAGGUAGGCAAAAUAAAAGAUGGAAUCUGGCACUGUAA